AUGUCCAACAGGGCAGUCAGAAAUGGAGGUCGUGAGGAGCGUCGCGUAACGGUGCGUCCAUCUUCGGGAGCAAUCACAGCAGAUCGCCGUCCUUCCUCGCGUGUGACAACUACAAGUCAUGACGAGAUUCGGACAACACAACGACGUUCUUCAGCGACAACAACGAUCACUGCACAUCGUUCCUCGCGUGUGGUCAGCGCAGUUCAUGAGACUUUUCAAACGACAACACGUACUUCCUCAUCAGGAGCUAUCACUUCACGAGGAAGGACUCGUGGAGAGGUCAGGACGGGGGAGAUCACUACAAGUCGUCAGCAGGUUCGAACGUCAACGAGUCGUUCCUCGGGAACGAUCACUACAAGUCGUCAGGAGGUUCACCAGACGUUGAAGCAUCGUUCUUCUUCGGGAACGGUCAGUGCAAAUCGUGAGGAGGUUCGGACGAGGACGACGGAGCAUCGUUCCUCGGGAACGUUCACUGCAAGUCUUGAAGCGGUUGCGGUGCGUCGCUCAUCAGCUGGAACUAUCCCUAGUGGUCGCCAGGCGGUUCCGACCAGAAGGAUCACAGCAGAUCCUCACCGCCGCUCUUGA